UGUUUAUUAUAAACCCGUUUUGUUUAGAUCUAAUAUGACCAAGAAAAUAUUUAUUAACUCUAAGAAGAAGUAUGAUGGACUGUCGUUCCUGACUCAGGAUAUCAAGAUUAGGAAAAUAUUUGAUAUUAAAACGUUAAUCGAGAAGCUAAGAAAGUUUGUGUCACAAAAACAAUGGGUUCCGAAAGGUCCGCUUUAUGAUUCGCCACGAUCGUAUGCAGAAUGUAAAGUUUUAGUUUUACUAGGACAUAUUCCAAAGGGUCUCCAUGAAUCGGAGGUGUUCAUAAAUUUUGUGAAUCAGCUUCUCAAAGAAAAUUGGAUUUUUUACAUUGUUAAUGAUGGUAGUAGUGAAACAUUCAAUGUGAAAGACUUUGCACCAAUUUGCUUGUCAACGGGUGGCAUGUAUUUCUCUUUUCGUGGAAAAAGCAAGAAAAAAAUUAAAACCUUGGUGGAAGAAAUGUUUAAAACGAGUGAUAAGAUCCACCGUGGCAAAGGUCAUGUUGUUGACAAAUUAAAGAUCUUCUUGGAAAGUCAACCUGCUGACAAGUGGAUUCCGUUUAACAAGAUUUGGGAGUGGAAAAGUGAGAUUGUUGUUCAUAAUGUCUCCUGCAACGACGGUCAAUUAGGUCAACCAAAUCAACAAAGUGAGGAAAAUAGUAGUUCUCAAGAAUCAGGUGUUGAAAUGUCUUUAGAUGAAGCUUCUGCGUCAUCGGCCCCCAACUCAGAAGCCCACUCACAAGAAACAAGUGCACGCCCGUCCAGUCAAUUGGUAGCGUUGAGAAACUCUGCGUUAAUAUCGUCAAUAUCUGGCCACGUUCAGCGUAUUCCAGAAAGAAUACCGUCGGAAAGUAGCGAAGCGUUACUUGAAAACCCUUCUGAGAACUUAUGUAUUCAGAGGUUAUGUUACUCGUUACGUAGUCUGGCAAUCAACACAGGUGAACCUGUAAUAAGUCCUGCAAGUACACAUGAAACAGAACCCGUUUUGUUUGGCAUGCGAUUGAGAUGGCCAUCUGAAAGUAUUGACUCUAGCUUAAGAACACCUAGCGAAAGCAUUGAUUGCACGUCCAGAAGACAGGCUACGGAAAGUAUUGACUCAGGCUACUCCAGCCAGAUAUCGAGGGACCUACCACCUGACUUCCACUCUUUCCAAAGUUUCCUCUUUUCCUUUAUACACUGGUCAACCUCAUUAUUCCACCACCAGGUCUGUCUAUGUCUAGCUGGUCCUUUCGUCCACCCACAGGUAUCAUCAGUAGCUUCUAGAAGACAAUUCUUCAAAGUAUUCCAAGUACUUUCAACAUCACUAUCACAUUAACCAUUGUGGGC